AUGUCAGUCCAGAAGUUCGACCAGUGGGCCAGCAGACAUGUCGAACUUUGCCAGCUGCAUAUGCUGAGAGAUGCCGUCAUCGGCGUCGAUGCCUCAUACUACCUGAACCUGCGCCUCAACGGGAACAACGAAGAGCCUCUCAAGCAUGCCCUCGGGGGUCAGCCAUUCGUCUUUAAGAAAGCCAUAGAGGACGAUAUUACCUUCCUGCGGCAGAACGGCAUCACCUUGGUGUUCGUCUUCAAUGGCCUCGACUACGUAAACAAAAGCCUCCCCGACUCACAACUGGCGGAUAGCCGAAGGGUGCAAGAUGAAGCAUGGCAUCACUAUAUGAACGGCGACAGCAAGCGCACGGUGGCAGACUUUGGAAAGGCCAAAUACCCCGUCGAAAUUAUGAUGCGAUCCCUUCAGAAGCUGCUGUUUGACAAUAACGUUCAAUACAUGGUUGCUCCCUACAGUGCCACUGCACAGUUGUCGUAUCUUCUGAAAUUGGAAGACCAAUACAUCGAUGCCGUCAUGGGCAGCACCGAGAGCUUUCUCUUUGGCGUGGAUAGGGUGGUGACGGAUUUCAACCUCAACGACUCAACCCUAAGCAUGGUCAGCCGGGGUGUGUGCGAGGAUAUUCUGAAAGUCCACAAAGACGUGCUUCGAGAUGCCCAACUCUUGCUUGGGACCUCCUUCACCCCCACCUUCCCCAUCCUUGAAAGCAUGGCCACGGCGAAAUCGACUGGCAUUGUAGAUGCCAUCACCCUCCUUAACGGGGCCAGCAAAAGCGUCAUGCAGCUUUGCAACUACCACCGCGACAAUCCUCAAGUGCAGAGUAUGAAGUAUGCUGACCGGUACAAGAAGGCAAUCAUGACCAUCAGGCACCAUGUGAUUAUGGAGAGGAAUGGUGUUGUUGCUCCGCUGAACUUCGACGAGGCACCAGGGGACGUCCACGAGUUUGUUGGACAAAGACUUCCUGAGGAAUUGUUCUUCUACAUUUCCAAGGGCAUGCUAGGCCCGCAGGUCCCCAACUGGCUCACGUCGGGCGAAAUCGUGCUUUCGCUGCCUGGAGGUGUCUUCGAUUCGGAACCUUACCGAAAAUUGGUGAUAGAAUUCCUCAAUCCUUUCCGGACCCAAGCGCUCAAGAUCCUGGCAGAGUCUCUCAAUUACUACUAUCAAUCCCGGGUCAUCAAAGUCAAUCCAUGGAUCGCUCAGGACACAAGCAACUUGACAAUCGAGAUCAGAAACACUCCCGCCAUGAAGCCAAAACUGGCACAGUGGAGAGUCCGAGGGACCAGCAUUGAUUCUGUCAUCGGCAAAGGCGAGAAUGUCAGUCUAUUUUUGCCCUGUUUACGGUCGCUCAAAGACGCGGCAUUUUCGAAGAAGACCAUCACCCUAGGCAAAUUGGAAUACCCGGCUCUGCGAAGUGCAGACGAGGUAGCUGUCAACACAGUCUUUCGGUAUCUGCAAGUUCGUCGCUACGUUGACGAACAACACAACCUCACCACGUGGGGAAAGGCUCUGGAAACAGCGUUGACAAUCGCCGACGAGGAAUGCACCAUCAUUGGCGUAGAGAUGUUGAGACUAGGACUCUUCACUGGCAAUUUUGCUUCGGGAGACCCUGUAGCGAAAACUGACAAGGACCACGACCGAAAGGUCAACACAAAUCUCAUUUCCAAGGUUGCGUGUCUGGGUAGAAUUCGACACAAGCCUAUGGGAUUUGUUGGACCUCUCGAUCGGCAACUAUUGACCUAUGCAUGGAAGAUCUCAGCAAUCCGGACAACCCUCAGAGAUCUCUUAGAAACGAUCAUGACGAGCAUGUUCCUAAAUGGCGAUGUCGACCGGGACCGUCAAGAUUGGAUUGCCCUAGCCCAAAGGCUACCAUUCUCCAGCGAUAACGGUUCAGGGCUUGGAAUUGCCGUCAAGACGUAUCUAGACGCUGUCAGCGAAGAACCCGAGGCGACCGAUGCUCUGAAAACCAGCAUUAAGCAGCAAGAAGGGAAAUUCAAUUGGUUUGGACAACUCCGAGGUAGUGGUUAUUUGACUAAGAGUCUCGAUCAAGCCUGGAAAGUAUGGGACGCUAUUUAUGCUGCCAGCCAAGUGCCAGGCACAGACGUCAAGGAGGCCAAGCUCUUCUCUGAGGCGAACGAAUGGCUCACACCCCGACGAUGA